CUUCAGUACGUUCACGUUCGGAACUGCUCGACGUAGAUUUUUGUAUCUGUUGAACCUCACUGCGAUCCGCUGGCUCGUUGACGGAAUAUAACAUACACUCUUAAAUAUUUAUCCAUAUUUAUAUACCUAUAUACACGUUCCUGCUGUCCAUACUCCUCUUCACCCCCCACCCCAUUCACAACGAUCAGUUGAACGUUAUAAGAACUGUGUUGAGCUUAGAGUGGUCGCAAGUUCAAAUUCAACCAGGACGAAAACGUGUCUGGGCUCUUUCCGAAUUUUAGCCCGCUUUUCGUCCUAUGAAUUCGUGAAGAAAAAUCUCGUCGUAAAUAAAAGGGAACUCAUCAAUUUUGUUUGUUUUUCUGUUUAAAUAAAUUUCGUUCUAUUUUAUAAACUUGUGAAUCAAGCUCAAUAUUAAUACGUGGUGUAUAUAAAAUUCAACGAAAGUACAACUCCCAGUGGGAGCGAUAAGAGACUGAGGAAAGCCCGAAAUCAAAAGAAGCCAACAUGGCUCCGAACGUGACGAGUGUGCCAACCGGUGUGCUGUACGAAAACGAGACUCUCGAAGGGCCUGAGAGCCUUCAAUCCAGUGAAAGCACAAAGACAAAAACAGAAUAUCGGAGACGUCUCGUUUGGGUCAAUAUCGUAAUCUUUACAUUCCUUCAUAUAGCAGCCGUUUAUGGGGCCUAUCUGACAUUUACGUCCGCAAAGUUAUACACGACGCUUCUGGCUUUCGUCCUGUAUCAGUGCACUGGUUUGGGAAUCACUGCGGGUGCCCACAGAUUAUGGGCUCACCGUGCGUACAAAGCAACUUGGCAACUUCGACUUAUACUCAUGCUGUUCAACACUAUGGCAUUCCAGAACAGCGUUAUCGAAUGGGCCAGAGAUCACAGAGUUCAUCACAAAUACAGCGAGACCGAUGCCGAUCCACACAACGCAAAACGCGGCUUCUUCUUCGCCCAUGUCGGUUGGCUGCUCUGCAAAAAGCAUCCGGACGUCAGCUCCAAGGGCAAGGGUAUCGAUUUGAGUGAUCUCGAGCAAGACCCCAUUCUCCGUUUCCAAGAAACACAUUACGCCUACUUCAUGCCUUUUAUGUGCUUUAUUUUACCUACUGUCAUACCCGUUUAUAUGUGGAACGAAUCGUGGUCGAACGCCUUCUUCGUUUCAACCGUUUUCCGUUACGUUUUCACUCUUAACAUGACAUGGCUCGUGAAUUCUGCAGCUCAUCUUUUCGGCAACAAACCUUACGACAGGUUUAUAAAUCCAGCUCAAAAUAAAAUGGUCUCGAUGAUGGCUCUGGGCGAAGGAUGGCACAAUUAUCACCACGUCUUUCCAUGGGACUACAAAACCGCUGAGCUGGGAAAUUACAGGUUCAACAUAACGACCGCAUUCAUUGACUUUUUCGCGAAGAUCGGCUGGGCGUACGAUCUCAAAAGGGUAUCGACGGACAUAAUAAAAAAGCGUGUAGAGAGAACCGGCGACGGAACUCAUGAACUUUGGGGCUGGGGCGAUAAAGACCAAAGUCCGGAAGAGCGAAAUGGUGCGAUAUUGAUUUACCCGAAAGAGGAGAAGGAGCAGUAAAGGACACUGAUGCAUUCACAGUCGACGCCGGGAAUAAAUCAUGAAUUUUUUUCAAUCGUUUUUUCGCCCCAUUCCAAGUAUCGAAAACAAAGCUAAAUGAAUGGAAAAAAUAGAUCGAACUAUUGUAAAAAAAAAAAAAAAAAAAAAACAGAAAAGGGAGACGCAUAAACAAUCUAAAAUCGCCUGCGAAAACGUCAAGUUGAUUAACAACGAACGUGACACGCUCAUCGAACGUAACGAAAUAAAAGAAAAUUCGGAAGAACAUGGAAAAACGUUGAAAUUCGUAUCGUGCCUAAUUUUCUUUUAUGUCGUAAUGAAAAAAUUGAAUACUUUAAAAAUAAUAAUUUGGCGAAAAACUUGACAUGCAGGUCGAUGUACUCAAACCUCUUAAACUUCAUCGUCUCAAUCGUAUAUUUAUUAUUUACUUUAUCUCCCCUUCCCAUUCAUCUGUCACUUUUCCUUCAUCUUUCAUUUUUUCUCUCUUCUCCUUCUGCUUUUCACUCUGAUUCGAGUGUAUUUAUUUCACUGCUAUUAUUUGUCGAGGAUCGAUCUAACUUCACGAUAUUCUGCAUGAAAUUAUCACGAAUCAUUGAUAUCUAUUAUGUAAUUUUUUAUUUUUUCUCCAAUUAAUGAGGAGCGCGUAAUUCGCUUAGUUCCUAAAAGUACACGAAUAUUUGGAAAAGCCACGAAUGCGUUAUUUCUUGCGAAUAAAUGCUGUCCAUCACAUUUUAUUUUUCUCCCAAUCACGUCUCACUGAAACAGCCUUUUCUUAUUUUCAUUUCUCUCCUAACGCUCGCCCAUUGGAGUACUUGCAAGAAGAUUUGAAAAGGUGUUAACAAUUAGAGAGAAACAAGGUCAAAAUGUGCGGAAAUUUUUCCAUUUUUUCAAAUCUGUCUUAAGAAGAUCGACGUGAUUCCGAUGCUGUCCGAAAAUCCAAAAAUUGAGGCUCGAAAUUUGUAAACGCCAUAGAACAACGAUAUGCCAUCGAUCUGUCACCAGAAUCAUUUGUCAAUCCUGCAAUAAUUUCGGUGAUGGACGUCAGGUAUAUUUCCGAAUUCCAACCGCGUAGAUUUGAGUUUCGACCCCCUGCUCAUGCAUGAACGAUUGCUGCAAGUGUCGAAAGUGAAACUCUUCGAGACCGUUUGACCGAUUACAAGAAGAGGGUCCUAUCAGCGGAUCUUUUUUUAAUCGGUCAAACCUUAUCGAAGAAUUUUAAUUUCAUGCUACGAAUGAAAACAGCUAAAAUGAGCUUUCAAUGGGUCUUUAUGAGGGGGGUGAGUUUCAUUAACGCCUCUGGCUAAAUCACGGUAAAUCCCACGAGAACGAUCGUUAAUUUGAAAGACGCACAAAAUAAAGGGAUUGACAUGAAAAUAUAUAUUUUUUUUCUCCACCGUUAUUCUACUUUACUCUUUUAAGACUCGUCGAGGAAUUGACUGUUCGAUUGUAAUGAGAUGAAUUUUCGAGGAUGUCUCCGUCGUGAUGGCGAUAUUCGUAAAGUUUUUUAAGAAAUUUGUAUUUUUAUCUGCAUUGGACCCUUCUAUUCUUCAUUCUUCAGGCCCACACCCGAUGGCGCCUCUGAUUUUUCGUUAGCUCCAUCGUUAUGCAGGACUAAAUAAUCGGUUAAGUAUAAUUAUUAACGAAAAUCGUGUGAUUACCUCAAAAAAUCGAAGCCGCAGUUAUUUGUGGGAAAAAAAAAAAAAAAAAAACAAUCGAGCGCUUUAGCACGAUGGGAACGAAUGACGCAUGAGCGAUCAAAUUUACUAAAUUAACAGCAAAACAAACGACUACAACAACAAUAAAAACAAUAAUAAAUCUACGCGUACACGAACGCAAUCGGAAAGUUCACAGCGUUGCUGAACGUCGUGCUGGUCGCGAAACGCUCGAGGCUUUAUCGAGAUGAUAAAAAAUAUUACCUAACGAAACAGAACGCGCUGCGUCUUCGGAUUAGUUGAUUAUACGCUAAUUAUUAUGAUACACAAUCUAUUGUACCGUGUAUUAUACAAUGAACGCAAAUAUUAAUAGUGAUUUAAAUAAAAUAUUCAAUAAAUAUAUAUAAAUAUAUAUAUUUUGAAGUAAACGAGUAAACUCA